AUGUCGGUUCAACAUCGCCUGCCACAGAUCACCAUUUCAACCAGAGCGAAAUCGACCAAGAAUAUCAGAGGAAAAUACCCCGUCAUAAGAACAACAGAGGCCGGAGGGGAGAUUCCAGAGCUAGCGUUCCGCGUGACGCCUGACAACGCAACGUUCAUCCCCUUGAUCUCCAUAGCCGCGGCGGUCGCGGCGAUCCCGAAGCUGCAGCUGCACGUCGUCUUUGGAGAAUUGGUAAACAGGACGAUUUCGCCGUUGUAUAUCAAGUAUUCCGCACCCGGGGAGACGGAUCGGAAGGAGUAA